AUGAGUAGUGAUCUUCCAAUCGAAUUUACAGAGUUGGUUGAUCUGACAUCUAUUGGUAUUUCCCCUCAAUCCUUAGACUUUAGAUCAACUACUUUUGAAAGUGAUCGUUUUGUCACAAUUAGAGAAACCAAUGAUGGUGCCAAUUCUGUUUCCAUUAUUGACCUAGCAAAUAAUAACAAUGUUAUUAAGAAAAAUAUGGGUGGUGAUUCAGCAAUCAUGCAUCCAGAACAAAUGGUUAUUUCUGUAAGAGCUAAUGGUACAAUUGUACAAAUCUUCAACUUAGAAACCAAAUCAAAAUUAAAAUCUUUCACUUUAAAUGAUCCAUGUGUAUUUUGGACUUGGUUAGAUGAUAAACACUUGGGUAUCAUCACCACUAAAUCGUUAGCUUUCUGCAACGUGUUUGACGGUAAUGUUAGUGCCAAGCCAACUAUUUUGACCACAAGACACUCUUCUUUGAAUAAUACUCAAAUCAUUAGCUUCGUUAGUAACAAAAAUUUAGAUUGGUUUGCUACUGUUGGUAUAUUACAAGAAAAUGGACGUAUAGGUGGUAGAAUUCAAUUGUAUUCUAAAGGCCGUAAUGUCUCUCAAGCUUUUGAUGGUCAUGUAGCAAUGUUUUCCAACAUCGUCUUGGAAAGAAAUGAAAAUAAACCAGUUCAAGUCUUUAUUACAGGUACCAGAAACCCAACUUCAAAUAAUGGUGAAUUAAGAAUUAUUGAAAUCGACCAUGAUCAAUCCUUAGCACAAUCUUAUGAAAAGAAAAACGUCGAUAUUUUCUUCCCACCAGACGCAGCUAAUGACUUCCCAUUAGCUAUUCAAGUUUCUGAAAAAUAUGGUGUCAUUUACUUGUUAACAAAAUACGGGUUUAUCCACUUGUACGAAAUGGAAACCGGUAAGAAUCUAUUUGUCAAUAGAAUUACUGCAGAAUCUGUCUUUACUUCUACUUCAUAUGACAAUAAAAACGGUAUUGCUUGUAUUAAUAAAAAGGGUCAAGUUCUUGCCGUUGAGAUCUCUACUUCUCAAAUUGUUCCAUACAUUCUAUCUAAAUUAUCAGAUACCUCUUUAGCUUUGACCAUGGCUAAGAGAGGUGGAUUACCAGGUGCAGAUGACUUAUUAGGCCAACAAUUUAAUGAAUUAUUACAAAAGAAUGAUUAUAAUGAAGCUGCUAAAGUUGCAGCAUCUUCAACUCAAUUAAGAAAUCAAAAUACCAUUAAUAGAUUGAAAAACAUUCAAUCUGCUCCAGGUACUAUUUCUCCUUUAUUAGUUUACUUCUCAACUUUAUUAGACAAUGGUAAAUUAAAUAAAGAAGAAACUAUUGAAUUAGCAAGACCUGUAUUACAACAAAAUAGAAAACAAUUGUUUGAAAAAUGGUUAAAAGAAGACAAAUUAGAAUGUUCUGAACAAUUAGGUGACAUUGUUAAACCUUUUGACACCACCUUGGCUCUUGCAUGCUAUUUGAAAUCCAAUGUUCAUGCUAAAGUAGUUAACUGUUUAGCUGAAUUACAACAAUUCGAAAAAAUCUUACCUUAUUGUCAAAAAGUUGGUUACAACGCUAAUUUCUUGGUUUUAAUCUCUACUUUAAUUAGAUCUUCCCCAGACAGGGCAGCUGAAUUUACCACUUCCUUAUUACAAAAUCCAGAAUCUGCUUCCCAAAUUGAUAUUGAAAAGAUCGCAGAUUUAUUCUUUUCUCAAAAUCAUAUUCAACAAGGUACUUCUCUAUUAUUAGAUGCCUUAAAAGCUGAUACUCCAGAUCAAGGUCAUUUACAAACUCGUGUCUUGGAAGUUAACUUACUACAUGCUCCACAAGUUGCUGAUGCUAUUUUGGGUAACAACAUCUUCUCUCAUUAUGAUAAACCACGUAUUGCAGAAUUAUCUGAAAAAGCCGGCUUAUUCCAAAGAGCUUUAGAAAAUUAUAUCGAUAUUAAAGAUAUUAAAAGAUGUAUCGUCAGUACUAAAGUUAUCCCAGUUGAUUGGCUAGUAGAAUAUUUCGGUAAAUUGAACAUUGAUCAAUCUAUUGCCUGCUUAAGAACAUUAAUGGAUAACAAUAUGCAAAGUAACAUUCAAAUUGUCGUUCAAGUUGCUACAAAGUAUUCUGAUUUACUUGGUUCUGCUACUUUAAUUAAGAUGUUUGAAGAAUAUGGCGCUACUGAAGGUUUAUAUUAUUACUUAGCUUCUCUAGUAAACUUGACUGAAGAUAAAGACGUUGUCUAUAAAUAUAUUGAAGCCGCAGGUAAAUUGAAUCAAACUAAUGAAAUUGAAAGAAUAGUUAGAGAUAAUAAUGUUUAUGAUGCUGAGAGAGUUAAAAAUUAUUUAAAGGAUGCUAACUUAGAAAAUCAAAUUCCAUUGAUUGUCGUUUGUGAUCGUAACAAUUUUACUCAUGAAUUAAUCGUAUACUUAUAUCAAAAACAUCAAAUGAAAUUUAUUGAAACCUACGUUCAACAAAUUAACCCUGCUAAGGCACCUGAAGUUGUUGGUGCAUUAAUCGAUGUUGAUUGUGAUGAAUCAUUUAUCAAAGAUCUAUUACAAUCUGUUAUUGGUCAAGUCCCUGUUGCUGAAUUAACUGAAGAAGUUGAAAAAAGAAACAGAUUAAAAUUAUUGUUACCAUUCUUAGAAAAGACUUUAUCUCAAGGUAAUCAAGACCAAGCUGUCUACAACACUAUGGCCAAGAUUUACAUUGAUUCUAAUAAUGCUCCAGAAAAAUUUUUGAAAGAAAAUGAUCAAUAUGAUACUUUAGAAAUCGGUCGUUAUUGUGAAAAGAGAGAUCCUUAUUUAGCAUACAUCGCAUAUGAUAAAGGUAACAAUGAUGAUGAUUUAUUAAGAAUUACCAAUGAAAAUGAUAUGUAUAAGUAUCAAGCAAGAUACUUAUUAAAACGUUCCGAUACUGAAUUAUGGAAUAAGGUUCUAAACCCUGAAAAUGUUCAUAGAAAUCAAUUAGUGGAGUCUGUUAACUCAGUUGGUAUCCCAAGUUUAACUGAUCCAGCACCUGUUUCUUUGACUGUUCAGGCAUUUAUGAACAAUGGCUUAAAAAAGGAAUUAAUUGAAUUAUUGGAAAAAAUUGUAUUAGAACCAACUGCUUUUAGUGAUAAUGUUGCUUUACAAGGGUUGUUAUUAUUGUCUGCAAUUAAAUACGAACCAACUAAGGUUCAAGGUUAUUUGGGAAGACUAGAAAAAUAUGAUCCAAAUGAAAUUGGUCCAUUGUGUGUUGACCACGGCUUAAAUGAAGAAGCAUUUGAAAUUUAUGACAAACAUAAUAUGAAUACCGAUGCUUUGAAGGUUUUAAUUGAAAACAUUAAUUCUUUAGAAAGAGCUCAAGAUUAUGCUGAAAAGAUGGAAAAACCAGAAUUGUGGUCUGAAUUGGGUUCUGCCCAAUUGAAUGCCUCUCAAAUCCCAGCUGCCAUCGAAUCAUUUAUUAAAGCUGACGAUCCAUCCAAUUAUCGUGAAGUUAUUAAUGCUGCUGAAGCUGCUGGUGAAUUUGAAAAUUUAAUUCCAUAUUUGUCAAUGGCUAGAAAGACUCUAAAGGAGUCUAAGAUUGAUAGUUGCUUAAUCCUUGCUUAUGCUCAAUUAGGUAAACUACACGAAAUUGAAAGUACUUUAACCACUUCUAAUUCUGCCAAUAUGGAAGAAGUUGGUGAUAAAUUAAUCGAGUUGAAAAAUUACAAAGCUGCUAAAUUGUGCUACAGUAGUGUUUCUAACUAUUCCAAGUUAGCCUCUACUUUAGUGUACUUAGAUGACUUCCAAGGUGCUGUUGACACUGCUAGAAAGGCUUCUAACAUUAGAGUUUGGAGACAAGUAAAUGAUGCAUGUAUCAAUCAAAAGGAAUUCAAAUUAGCCCAAAUUUGUGGUUUGAAUUUAAUUGUCCAUGCUGAAGAAGUUAACGAUAUUGUUUCUAAAUACGAAUCUAAUGGUUACUUUAAGGAAUUAAUUUCAUUAUUUGAAGCUGGCCUAGGUUUGGAAAGAGCUCAUAUGGGGAUGUUUACUGAAUUAUCUGUAUUAUUCUCCAAAUAUGAACCAGAAAAACUUUAUGAACAUUUAAAGAUGUUUUGGUCUAGAAUCAAUAUUCCAAAGGUUAUUAGAGUUGUUGAAGAUGCUCAUCAAUGGAAAGAAUUAAUGUUUUUGUAUUCUCAUUAUGAUGAAUGGGACAAUGCUGCUAUCACAAUGAUUGAAAAGACUACCGAUGAUUUAGAUCAUGAUUACUUCAAGGAAGUUAUUGUUAAGGUGUCCAACUUGGAAAUUUAUUACAAAGCAAUUAACUUCUAUGUUAAGGAACAUCCAUCAUUAUUAAUUGAUUUAAUGACUGUACUAACUCCAAGAUUAGACAUUCCUAGAACCAUCAAUAUUUUCUUAAGCUCUGAUAACUUACCAUUAAUUAAACCUUUCCUAAUCAAUGUCUUACCAAAGAACAUUUCAGUUGUUAACCAAGCUUACCAUGAUUUAUUGAUUGAAGAAGAAGACUACAAAUCUUUACAAGUAGCUGUUGAUUCAUAUGAUAAGUUUGAUCAAAUUGGUUUAGCUACCCGUUUGGAAUCACAUGAUUUAUUAUUCUUUAGAAGAAUUGCUGCAUUAUUAUUCCGUAGAAAUAAGAAAUGGGCCAAAGCUUUAUCCAUAUUAAAACAAGAUAAACUUUGGAAAGAAGCUAUAGAAACUGCUUCUAUUUCUCAAGAUGACAAGGUUGUUAAAGAAUUAUUAGAAUAUUUUGUUGAAACUGAUAACAAAGAAGCAGUUGUUGCAUUAUUAUAUACCGCCUAUAACUUAUUCAAAUAUGAAAAUGUCUUAGAAGUGGCCUGGAUUAAUGGUUUAACUGAUUAUACUAAACCAUAUGAGAUUUCCAUUAAGAAAGAACAAAAUGAUGCAAUUGAAAAAAUGGCCGAAGAAUCUACAAAGAAGACCGAUCAAGAAACUGAAGGUGCUCCAUUAAUGCUUACAAGUGGUAUGUCAUUCCAGCAAACUGGAUUUUAG